GGGAAAAGUCAGUCAUUUGUCGUGUUUUUUGUGUUUUGAACGAAAUUUUAGUUUUGAUUUUAAAUUUCAAUUUCGAUGACUGAAGAAGUGAUGAGACAUUGAAUCUAAUCGUCCAUUGAAUCCAUUCGUUGAUUGCGUCCACCGAUGGCUCCCGUCAUACAAAGCGCGCCCAAAGAGCGGCCCAAACGACCCGUUGAGCGCAGGUCAGACCUGGUCUGUCGGGUCAAGUACUGCAACGCUUUGCCGGACAUACCCUUUGACCCGAAGUUCAUUACCUAUCCGUUUGAGACGAACCGAUUCGUGUCAUACAAACCGACAUCACUGGAGAAGAACUACAAACACGACCUCUUGACGGAGCAUGACUUGGGUGUGACCAUAGAUCUAAUAAACCCGGAGACAUAUGUCCCGCCUCUGGACGCCAGCAAACUCGCCGACGAAGACGAGAAGCUGCUCGAGGAAGAGGUGAACACUCCGCAGGACUCGAAGCGUUCGCGUUCUCACAACAAAGCCAUCCCUUGGCUUAAGAAGACUGAAUACAUAUCCACCGAAUUCAACAGAUAUGGCGCCAGUAGUGACAAAACGGAGACAAAAGUCGGAUAUAACGUGAAGAAGAAGAUGAAAGAGGAGACACUGUAUUUGGAUCGGGAAUCACAGAUCGUGGCCAUCACUAAGACCUUCGAGGCGGCGCAGAAGCCCAUUGUGGAACAUCCGGGCAAACCAGGCGUCACUGCUGUGGAAGUGUUGCCGGUGUUCCCGGACUUCAACCUCUGGAAGUACCCGUUCGCUCAGGUCAUGUUCGAUGCAGACCCGGCGCCCAUCACUAAGGAGGAGGAGAUGUCUCAGGCGAUGAUCAGAGGAGUGAUGGAUGAAAGUGGCGAACAGUUUGUCGCCUACUUCUUGCCCACAGAAGACACGAUCAAUAAGAGAAAGUUCGAUGACGUGGAGGAACGCGAGUACGGAGAGGGAGAAGAGUACGAGUAUGUGAUGGCCAGAGAGUACAACUGGAACGUCAAGAAUAAGGCCACCAAAGGCUACGAAGAGAACUAUUUCUUCAUUUGGAGAGACGAUUGUAUUUGUUAUAACGAAUUGGAGACUAGAGUUCGGCUCAGCAAACGACGAGUGAAGGCCGGUUCGGCGCCCAACAACUCGAAGCUCGUCGUCAAACACCGAUCGCUUAACGAACAAGAGUUUAGGACUCAAGACAUCCGAAUGACUCAAUUGGAACCGCCGCAGGAAGAAGAGGAACAGAUUCAGGACACAAACAAAGACAACAAUACGGCCAAUGACUCCCAGAAAGAGACUACUGAUAAGGACAACGAUAAGGAUGAGACCACCAAAAAGACUGAGACCCGUAAGUCGAGCCCAAGCGACAAAUCUUCCUCUUCUUCAUCGUCGUCGUCGUCCUCGUCGUCGUCAUCUGAUUCUUCGUCGUCGAGUGACAGCGAUAGCGACGACGAAGAGGCGCGCCGUAAGACCAAAGAGAGCGCCGCCGCCAUCUUUGGAAGCGAUGACAGCGAUUAA